AUGGACGCAAAGGACACUGGCGUCAGCCACAUUCCUGACAAGGAAGUAGCCUACUCUGCUGAGAAGGAAGCUGCCUACGACCCGGCCAACGAGAAGGAGCCUCACUACACGCCCACCGCAGAGCACAUCGCUGAUACAGGCGCCCGCCGCGAAUCUGUCGCCCACAACAUCAUCGAGAACCCUCUAACCCGCCAGUCAAAGGCCGAGUGUGUCAGCGCUGCUGAGCGAUGGGCUGCCACCCAUGGCUUGGAUGAGCACGCCGCCCUCUUCGGGAAGGCCGCCCUUAUCGCGCGCGAUCCUGAGCGCUUCGAAAUGCUCACCGACCUUACCCAGGAAGAGCGCGAUGCUCUCAUCUACGAGCGCGACCACAAGUGGUUCGGUCCCACCAUGAUGUGGUACUCGAUUGGUCUGUGUGCCAUUGGAGCCGCCACUCAGGGCUGGGACCAGACUGGAUCCAACGGAGCCAACUUGUCCUUCCCUGAAGAAUUCGGUCUUCUCGGAUCGGACAGGGGCGAAUGGAUCAUCGGACUUAUCAACUCCAUCAUCUUCUUGACUGCUGGUCUCAUCGGCGCUUUUAUCGUCGACCCCCUCAACAAGUACCUCGGUCGUCGUGGAGAAAUCUUCCUCACCGCUAUCUGCCUGACUGCCACCCCCAUCGGUUCCGCUUGUGCGCAAUCAUGGCAAGGGCUCUUUGCUGCGCGCUUCAUCAUGGGAAUUGGAAUCGGUGCAAAGAACGCCACUGUCCCGAUUUACUCUGCUGAGAUUGCACCUCACCGAAUUCGCGGUGCCCUGGUCAUGUUCUGGCAGUUGUGGGUUGUCAUUGGUAUCUUCCUCGGUUUCUGCGCCAAUGUCAUCGUCAAGGACACUGGAGCUAUCUCAUGGCGUCUACAACUCGGUUCUGCUUUCAUCCCAUCCUUUAUCCUCAUGAUUGGCAUCUUCUUUUGCCCAGAGUCUCCUCGUUGGUUGAUGAAGCAUGGCCACAUUGCCAAAGGCUACCGAUCAAUGGCCAGACUGCGCGCACACCCCAUCAUUGCUGCUCGCGACUACUACUACUCAUACGUCAUCUAUGAGACUGAGCUAGCCGUUGCACGUGGAGCUGGCUACUUCGACCGCAUGUGGGACUGCUUCCGCGUGCCUCGAAUUAGGCGUGCCAAUUACGGUGCUUCGACUGUCAUGAUUGCCCAACAGAUGUGUGGUAUCAACAUCAUCUCAUUCUACAGCUCGACCAUUUUCACCCAGGUCGGCUUUACCGAUGACCAGGCUUUGUACGCCUCUCUGGGCUACGGAGCUCUUCAGGUCGUCUCCACUAUUCCUACUCUGUUCCUCAUCGACACCAAGGGACGAAGGACCCUUUGCAUGUGGACCUUCCCCUUCAUGUGCAUCUUUCUACUGGCUGGCGGUUUAUCCCUCCUUAACCACAGUGGUAGUCAAGCCGCUCAACUCGGACCGAUCGUCUUAUUCAUCUACCUCUUCACGAUCAUGUACUCGCUCGGAGAAGGGCCAGUCGCAUUCCAGUAUUCUGCUGAGGUUUUCCCUACCAUUCAGCGUGAGCAGGGCAUGGCCUGGGCAGUGUGCAUCAACAACACCUUCGCUGGAGUCUUGUCGCUCACCUUCCCUCGUAUGGUGUCAGUCAUGACGCAGACCGGCGCCUUCGGAUUCUACGCCGGCCUCAACUUGAUCGCCUGGUUUAUGAUCUUCUGUUUCGUCCGAGAGACCAAGCAGCUCACGCUUGAAGAACUGGACCAGGUCUUCAGUGUGCCCACCAAGCAGUACCUCCACUACGAGAUCACCCAGUCGGUCCCUUACUUCAUCAACAAGACGGUUCUCCGCCGAAAUGUCCCCAAGCCCCCUCCGAUUAUCGAGAAAGGCUACGCUACUGGCGCUGUCCCGACUGCGUAA